AUGGCAAGCAAGCGUACCAUUGCAUUUAUUACCGGCGCAAACCAGGGCGUUGGCCUGGCCACGGCAAAGAUCCUCGCCAAAGACCACGGUUAUCACGUCAUAAUCGGUUCUCGAAACCGCGAGGCUGGCGAGAAAGCCGCAGCAGACAUCAAAGCUGCUGGCGCUUCCGCCUCCAGUGUACAGCUUGACCUCACCUCAGAGUCCUCCAUCAAAGCCGCCAUAGACACCAUCGAUCGCGAAUUCGGCCACCUCGACGUCCUGAUCAACAACGCCGGUAUCCUCCUCGACGGCAAGCCCAGCAGCAAGGACCUGAGCACAUGGGAGCUGUACACCCGCACCUUCACAACCAACGUCAUCGGCCCUGCUACACUGACAGACGGUCUCGUGCCGCUGAUCCGAAAAGCACAGGCGAAGCCGGCGCGUGUCAUCUUCGUCUCUACCACGAUGGCGAGCUUGAAGAUCUCCACGGACGAAUCGACACCCUUCUAUCCCGUCGAUUACACGUCGUACGAUGCUAGCAAGGCGGCCGUCAACAUGCUGAUGAUCAACUACCACCGAAAACUAGCCGACACAGGCGCGAAGGUCAAUGCUGUCUGCCCCGGCCUGGUGAAAUCGAACUUGACGGGCUACAUGGAGGCAGGAACAUCAGCGGAGGUCGGCGCCCAACAGGUCGUGAAGAUGGCCACGAUAGGAGAGGAUGGGCCGUCUCGGACUUUUACUCGUUCUGAUACGGAGCUGCCAUGGUAG